AUGCUGGCAGAUACUGGCAGGAUAUUGGAAACGAUCGAAUCUCACACUUUUCCGGUACCUGUCGACGGCGGCAGUGACAAAGCCAUCUCGCUGACUGACUACGAAUUCCUCUCGUCCUAUAACUGGGUCGAUGACGACAGCCCGGUCAUCUAUGUCCCUGGAGCCCCGGCAGUUUGGAAAUCCAAUGAGCCACCCUUCAAAGUCACCAAGGACCAAGGCGCGUACUUUAUCGACCAGAACACCGCUCGUUGUGCCGCAUACCCUGCCGAAGCUCUAUUUCGAUCGCUUGCCAUCAUGCAGCCAGACCUGAGUAUGGGAGAUUUCGACCUCGUCACCGACCGCAACUGCCUCCGCAAGUUAUUACGCUUUGUCUGCGCCGACGUGGACCAGUCGUUCCGUAUUGACGUCCACUUACAAGGCCGUGUCAUGUUCCUGUGUCGCUGGGAAGCCGAACUCAAACGCAUAAUUCGCGGUCACGAAAACUUUGGCUAUGGCCAUAGCUUUGAGCACGCCACCACCAUCUUCGACAAAGCCUUACGUGACAGCACGGGACAUCACCGGGUGGUUCGGUACAGCCUUGGAGGCGUUCGAUGCUUGGUCAGGUACGAGGCGGAUGGUUGUACCGGUACCGAUGAUGCGGGAGAGGGAGGUGCCAGCGCAAAGGCCGCGGACGGCGAUACAGAUGAUUUGCUCGGCGCGUUGGAGUCAAUGACAAUUGCUCCGUCUCGGGCUAAAAAGGCCACUGGAUCUGUGCAAGUCCUUACCGAAGGUCGCGUGGUGCCACUGUCCACCAUCAUCGAGAUCAAGACACGAGCAUCUCAUCGCAGGCUGAAGAUCGACGAGGUCCUCCCACAGUUAUGGUUUGCACAAACACAGAACCUCUUCGUGGGAUAUCAUACGAAUGGCGAGUUUCAGGAAAUACACAAGCUCACGAUGAAACCGGAAUUUGAACCUUGGGAGACACAGCAUCAAACACACUUGAAGAAACUGGUCGCCCUGCUCAGCAAACUCCGCGAAUCUGCCCGGUCGACAAAGGGUCAGCGAUGUGUUGUCAUAGGCGUGAGUGGCCUGACUUGGGCGCCAAUUGAUGUACUGGACGAUGACGAGCACUGUCCCUCGCCGCUCUACAACCGGACUGGUGAUGUAGGGGUAGACAGCCGCUGGCACGCCGAAAGCGAGUCAUCGCCUCUCCAACACCGACAGGGAGCAUUUCCGCAUGCCACCAAGAGACGCAAGCUUAUACCUCCGGGAGUCGGCAAUGCUGAGCUCAUCACGGUCUCUUCGCCGUCGGAAGAUGACCGUUCUGACGAUGUUGAUCAUCCGUCUGACGCCGAGUCUCCAGCUUGGCAGUCUGAUCUUGAGGACGAUUUCCCACUAGCCGUACGCCGCACACCAAAGGAGUCUGGCCGAUUUGCCCAUUUCAAAUCUCUGGCUUCGGCGGUGGUCCGACCUGGCCCUAGCUCGAAACCGGCUUUCAGAACCAACCCCGAGGACAUUUCACACGGACAAACUGUCAGUGCACCAGUCCUACCCGACAUAUUCUCGCCAUCACGUCGAAAAGGCAAGAGAGAUUACAUCCCUGGCGGUAUGGCUGAUCUGGUCCGAAGCUGGGUAUUAGCUAUUCCCGCUCAAGAAUCUCAUGGGGACGGUCAAUCACUUCCCGAGCAAGUGUUGUCCAUAGCCCACGUAAUGCCGGACAGCAGUGGGCGUUUCUGUAUUGCUACUGAUGAGAACGGCGCACGAUGGCUUCUUCCACAUCAGCAAGAGAAGGCCGGCAUUGGCUCUCUGUCAACUCUUCGCCCUGGCGCUCGCAUUGUGGUCAAAGGUCAAGCAACAAAGUGGGGGCUGAAUCUCGACUCUCGUGAGUCGAGCACAGUGACUGUCGCUGCGUAUUGGGAAAUCGUGUCCCCUGGUUGA